AUGGUUUUUAAGGGUUCUUACAGUGUGUUCCAUCGCAAUACUCGUCUUCUUUUGAUAAUGAAUCAAUUGUGGGCAAUGGGCGGAUGUACUGCCUAUGCAGUCCUCUACGGAUUUGAUUACUGGCGUUUUUCAAUGAUUGUGCUUGCAAUUACAUGGGUUGCGGUGAUGAUUAUCCAUGUUAACUGGGAUGAUCUGAAGCUACUCUGUACUGUUUCAACAUUACAAACCGCCAACCUCUUCCAGGUAAUGAUGUUAUCAAUGGAGGUAUUCGAAGUGUUCACUCUGACCUCGUUCAUCGCUCUCUAUCGCUUCAACCGGGCAAGAUGUAAGUUCGUUGUUGAAGCGCCCACAAGUGGUAUCAACAGUUUAACAGCACGAUAUCAGAAACCGCAGGUAUCUGCAGCUGGUGGAGUACUGCAAACAGCAGUUGCGCGUGAAACCGAUGUUUACUUCGCCCAGCUGAACGAUAUUUUUAAUGAUGCGCCGUCUAAGAAGAAAAACAACACACGAUCAAAAGAGUCAAGGAACGAGAGAUAUCAUCCAAAAGGUUUUACGAACCCAGAACGGAUGGCGAUUGCGCACAAUAUUACACCAUAUCAUUGA